AUGGAGGUGACGACCAGUAUUAAACCCAAAACGUUGGCGGAAUUGCUUCCAGGAUUAAGUGGCAUUCUGACAAAGGACAGCAUUCAGACAUUGACUGCCAAAAAGCAGCCUUUGCAAAGGAUUGUAGUGACUGGAACUGCCGAGAAGGUUGUAAAGCCUUUAACUGUGGCUGAAAUGAGAGCUGAUAUCUCAUCUUUAAGAGUACGAUCCCCAAGAACCUUUGCCCAAGUAGGUGCAUCUGCAAAGAAGAAAACUUGGAACUCAACAGUAAAAGUUGAUAGAACUCUUAGUCGCACUGCAAAUGGCCAACUAAAAAGUAAUCCUGUAAAAAAAGCUCUUAACUUUCAGUCUAAACCACACCCAAUAAUACAUUCUAGAGCUACGAUGGCACCUGAAUUGCCAAAGUUCAACAAACCAGAGUUAAGAGCAAAGAAGAAACUAUUUACACAAGGCAACACGAGAAUAAGCGGCAUAACUACUAUAUCAGCAACUCCAGCUGAGAAUAAACUAUAUAAAAGUCGAAAAACAAUAGCAAAUAAGGAAAAUGUACCAAAAGAAAUUAAGAACAAAACUUUACCUCCAAAAAUUGUUUUGUCAAACAAGCUUUCACCUGCCUUACCUGACACGCCAAUGUCCAAUGAAUCUUGGAAAUCCAGUUGUGACGCUAGCUUCUUACAAAAUGAGAAGGAAAUAAACGAAGUAGAAGAAAAAACCAAAGCAUUAGUAGAGGAACGGACAUUGGCAAAUAUUGCCGAGGUGACACCGCCAGUUUCCACACCAUUUACACAUUAUAGAGAUAUUCAGGACUUUUUUGAUCACUCCCAUGACAAAGAAAAUUCUACAGAAUGCCAUGACAAUACUAUCAUGUAUUUUGAUAAUAAUUUAUCAAAUACCCAAGAGAAUAGAAGAGAAGAAAGUGUUAUUGUAUCACUUUGUGACCUUCUAAAUAAAGCAACUGUUAAUAACACUUCAGAGGUCAACACAGAACUGAAAGAUCUUUUGUUAAUUGAAAAGCGUACUGAUGAAAAUAUCAAAAUGAUUGAGAACAGUAUUGCUGCACUUAACAAAAUCAAAGUAUCUCAGUUAGUGUCCUUGGAAUCUGUAAGAAAGUUAAUUAAAGAGAAACAAGGAAGUUCUAAUGACUUAAACCAGACACUGACACCAAAAGCGAAACAGACUCUCGAAACCAAAGUAAAAAAAGAGCCAACAAUUACCAUAUUACAUCAAGCAAAAACCAAAGCUUCCUCAGAAACUUCAGUAAUACAAACUGUAGCAAAAUCACCAACCUACAAAAUACCUAAAAAGAACUUAUGUUUAAGAAAAAAGGUAUUUUAUAAGUCUAUGCCUAAUGUGUCUACUACUGAAAAAACACCCCCAAAAACAGAAAUGGGCCAUCAAGCUUUAAAUAUGUAUCUGAAAAUGAAAGAACAUAUGAACUUCUUAAGCACACCUGUUUCUAAACAGACUGUAGACAUACCAAAUACACCGGCACUGACAUCACAUAAUUUGCAAAAACAACUCGAUAAGCUGUAUGGCGAAUGUUAG